AUGUCUCAUACCUCUCAAACUUCUCAGGCGUCUCAAACAUCUUCACAGAGUUUUUCCCCAACUGCUUUACAAGAUGUUAUAUCAGAAGAAUCUCCACCUGCAUAUUCACCCUAUCCAAACUCUGGAGAACGAUCAAUGGCGUUUGGACCGACUCGUGCAUUUGGAGAUACUCCAUACCAACCACUAGCACAGUCGACUUCUCCGUUUCCAACAUAUACAGUGAAUUCGACGAUUAUUGGAACAGGUGGAAUGUAUGUUCCUCCAAUUAUGCAAUCCCAAGUUACAGCUAUUCAUUAUCCUCCUGGUUUCUUUUGUACGAAAUGUAACAAUACUGGAUAUGAGAGUCCAGGCGUAGUAUGUCAACCAUGCGUAAGCUCGUAUGGUAUACCGUCCGAUAGAGCCUAUUCAGGAAUAGAGUUUAUGACUAUUAACACUAUUAAUGGCGGAAAUGUAAUUUAUACCAGACCUGGGGAUCCAAGUAUUGGAGGGCAUCUAUGCACAACUUGUAAAGGGACUGGAAAAGAAAAAUUCUUGUUUGAGAGUAUAUUGUGUACAAAGUGCCAAG